AUGCGACGCUCUUGCGUGCGACGACUUUGUGAUAUCCGGGCUGAAGCCAACCAGCAACGAGACGUGGCAUCCAAAUAUUAUAAACUUUGGAAGAGGACUGUGGAUAAGAACAAAAAAUUACGUACUAUAGUGAACCAGAGGGAAAGCAAUAAAAAGGUAUAUCAAAGUUUUUCAAAUCAUAUACAGCAUUAUUUAUAUUAACAGUUAGAUACUGUAAUCUGUCUAUUUUGUUAUCCAUAAAUAGUCAUUUUAUAAUAAAGUUAACACAAAAUGUGAUCAAUGAAAUCAAUAUUUAUUAAAUGGGACAUACUUUCCUAGACAUUCUCAAAGUAGCUAGUCCACCUAUAUGCAACCUUUCUUGGUCAUGUAUUGAAUAAAGUACCCCCUCCCCCCAAGGCUUUACAGUAAAAGUUGCUCCCACUCAGGUGUAACGAAAAAUUGCUAACUAAAUUGGUUAGCCCCUUUCAAUGCUGUAUUUUGAUCUAGUCAUAAUGUAUAUGGUAUGACGAGACCUAUUAACCACAACACCAACAUUGAAAGGGGGCAGGGGGAAUAUGUGUAUGACAAAGGAAUGACUCAUGCACAUGCUUACAAGAUAUUAGUGUUUGCAUUGCACAAGUAUUUGGUCAUGAUUGUACUUUGCUGGCAAAGAUUAGGCAACAUAGCCUAAUUUGAACUACAGAACAAAACUUUUAAUUACUAAUAAGUUUCAAAUUAAAUAUUUUACAGGUAACUCAAUUGAACAUGUCCAAUUCAAAUAUUAACAUUAUCAGGCAAGAUGAAUUGGAGGAAAUUGAUGCUGGUUCAAUUGGGAAUGGUGUUUUUGGAAAUUGCUUUUUGAGGAAAUUCAAGCGACUAAGUAUUAAUAUUGUUGAAAAGCAAUUGAUUGACACUGAUAACAAUGUUGAUAUGUUGUACAAAGAGGCAUCAUUCAUGCAAAAGUUCUCUCACAGAUGCAUCCCACUGCUUCUCAGUAUCCAGCUGGAAAAGAAACCAUUCUCCCUCAUAAUGGAAUUUAUUGGUGAGAAUAGUAAGUCCAUCACAGUGUUCAAGUUGUUGUUUGAUCCACAUUAUGAACAUCAAGCUUCAGAAAUGUCCACUGAAACAUGGCUUUGUAUAUGUUAUGACAUUACCGAUGCACUGGACCACAUGCACCAAAGGGGAUAUCUUCACUGUGAUUUGAAAUCCAAUAAUGUGUUAGUUGCUCAAAAUAAGGGGUUUCUAAUUGAUUUUGGUAAAGUUUGUGAGAUAUCCCGACCAAAGGCCAAGAAAUACAAGGAAUUGAAUACAACACUAUUAAAAUUAUCAAAUCAAUAA